AUGGGCUUGGCUAAGGACCCAGUGUCAGGGAGAGGGUAUGAAGUGAUCGGGUCGCAGGCACUACAGGCCGGACAAACACCGGACCAGAAGGAGGCUAUGCGCAUUGAAAGAGAUGUGGCCGCAAAUGACCCAAGUUACGGGACCUAUCUUUAUGGACCAAAUCUCUGGCCAAACAUGCCACAGGAGGAUUUCAAGGCACCGGUCAUGGAGUAUCGAGAGCAUAUGCUUCGACUGGCAACAGAGAUCAUGAAAAUCCUGGCAAAAGGCUUGCCAUAUGGCGACGAUGUUUUUGAUGAUUUCAUGCGGGAUCCUGUUGCUUCCGUAAAGUUGCUGCAUUAUCCGACGCAAGCUCAAGAUGGCGAGAAAGCUGUGGGAGCCGGCGCUCAUACUGAUUUCGGCGCCAUCACCCUCCUUCUGCAGCACCCUGGUCAAGAAGGCCUUGAAGUCUUGCACCCGGCUCGAGAGUCUUGGAUCCCUGUUCCAACGGUGGAGAAUAUCUACGUGGUCAACAUUGGUGACGUUUUGUCUGCUUGGACUCACGGGCAAUACCGAAGCGAGCUGCAUCGAGUGGUCAACAAAAGUAUAACGGAGGACCGAUACAGUAUUCCUUUUUUCUUUGACGGGACUAUGACAACGUUGAUGAGUCCAUUACAUGGCUCCGGGACGUCACAGACGGGAAAGUCGGCUGGAGAACAGUUCGAAGAAAGAUGGUCAACCGCAGAUUUGAAGACAUAG